AUGAUUCUGGAAGCUGUCCUGCAGACAGGUGGUCGCGUGACUGGCCUCGCCGUAGUAUCUAAGGAGUGGCAGGCGAUGAUCGAGCCGCGCAACUUCGCCCGCAUCAAGCUCACAGCGCCCCGCCUCGCCGAGUUUAGCUCAAUGGUCCAGCGCAAUCGAUCUUCUGUACACUACAUAUGGCUCUGCUUGGAACUCCAAGAAUAUGAUUGCGCCAAGUGUGCGCCUCACCGUGUAGGCGGUAUAGGGCUCAGCAAGGCAGACAAUACCAUGCUUAUCACAGCAUUGCAGGAUCUGUUCUCAACUCUCAGCACGUGGGAGUCAAAUGGAAACUUGCUGCUUGAUAUCAGUGUUCACUCUCCCAGCGACGCGGAGCACUGGUUCAAAUAUCUGACUUUCAAACCUGAUAUUCCUAUCCCAUCUGAUCAGCAUGAUCUGGAUCUAUGCACACAGCAGAAGCAACAGUCAAUUCUAGCCAGCCCCAAUAAUCACAAGCAUGGCUGGAUUGCCGGGAAACCGAUUUCCACUCCAUCCACAUGUGCCAUCCUCAAAGUCUUCGACGAACUCAUGGGUGCAGACGCAUUUCCCAACGGCGAGCAGCAAAACGAGUGGUGGGGGCAACUGCCAUUAGUCCCAGCCGUCACAGGCGUCCUUCUACGCCAACAGACCCGCCGACGGUGGAAGCCGACUGCACUAGCACAGAUGUUUGCCCGUCUUCCCAAUCUCCAGGAGAUCCACUACGAGCCUUGGCGGCAGUGGUAUGAUGUUGAGCAGAAUUGGAUAGAUCUAUACUUCCGACUCCUCUUCGAAUCACUCACCACAAGCACCAACCUACAAAGACUCACACUCUUUGAAAACUCCAACAAACAGUACGCACUACCUUUUUCCAGACUCCUCGGCGACGGCUGCUCGCUUAUCCGGAUCCCCAACGCAGAAGUCAGCCGAGCAGUCGCCAAACUCAGCCUCCAGCUCGAGCACCUCUCGGCAUCAUUCACUGUAGAUGCGAGCUAUUUCCUCGAUGCUUGCGAGCUUUCUUGGAAGUGGCCCCGCUUGACUUCAGUUGCACUGACUUCACGACUGCUCACGCCCAGUGCGAGCCCACUUAAGCUCGACAACAUGCUCCAGACAGCGGCAGGAGUAGCCCUGCGAAUGCCAAAACUGAGAUCCAUGGAGAUAUGGAAUGGGCGAGAGGGGCUGGCUAUGCUUUUUAGAUACCAGCUAGUCGGGGCAGAGCAGCCUGCUGUGCUCACCUGGAGAGGAACGUGGGAGUUCGCCCUGCGAUCCCCUGUGGUCGAGGCUUGGGAAGCCGUAGCGCUGAGGCAGUGUGGUUACGGAGCUAUUAUUGUCGGGGAGUUGCUGGAUGCCGGUAUUGCUGAGUCUCAGGGUGAUGCGAUCCAUCAUCUGAAGUGUUUAGUUCCUGUAAUCCGGCCUGUUUCGUUGCAGCAGAUUCGGAUGGAGCAUAGGAUUCGUGAGGGGACAUAA